GUUUGGUGUACCAGUGGAGUGAACGUGUGAGCAAUAUGGGGAAAAGUUUCGACUAUGUAAAGGAUUUGGUAGUGAACUUUAAGUUGGAUUGGUGUUGCUGGGUUAUACCUGUCCGGAUUGGGUUAAUGAUUAUUGGAUAUUUUAAUAUAUUUUUAGCGGUAAUCUCUCUCCUAGGCAUAGCAGAUGACAGCUUCACGCCCAUCCUGGUGCAAGUACAAGCCACCAUACUGGACGACAACUCCACUAAGCCCGUCCCCGUGACUGCCUACUGCAUUGAACUGGCCUUCAACGUUAUACUGCUAUGCGGGUUGUAUCGGAAAGACCUAAAGCUGAUGCGAGUGUACAUGAAGUACUGUAUGGCAGCCAUUAUCGCGUCUGUCAUGUUCUACUCUAUGGUGGUCGCGGCCAUCGGCGUUAUAGUCACCAUCGCUUUGGUGCUUAGCAUUUUAUACCAAAUAUACGUGCUCGUAUUAGUAAGAAGUAUUCUAGUAGAAAUGAGACUAGAACAAAAGAAUUCGGAGCUGCCAACUGUAGUCAUGAGCACAUUCGUUCAAGAAGAAAAAGAGAAAGAGAAGGCUGAGAAAGACAAAGUUGAAGCCGACGUGGAAGCGUUAGAGGAAAUCGAAGUUGAAGUUGAAAAGAAGCCUGAAAUCAAACUCGAAACUGUGGACGAACUGCCCACGGAAGAAACAGUUCACGUACACGAUAAACAGUAAACGUGUUAAAUAUUAAUCUAUUAUUUACUUAUUUAUUUUAUUUUAGUUUCAUUUUUAACCCACUUCAACAGAGAACCUCACUUCGACUGUAUAUUUUUGUUUAAGUAUCUCAAAUGCAGUAAAGAAAUUGAAAUAAAAACAAAAGUGUAAUUAUAAACAAUUUAAUUGUCAAGUUCAAUCACAAAUUAAGUACUAAAUGUCUUGUCUUAACACGUUCAGGUUAAAUCAGAUCAAUACCUACAUACUAAGGGUGAGUUGCACCAUUUAACUAUAACGAUAACCAAACCAUGACUAGCCAUAUACUUACUCAUUGGUCAAAUCGGUGAUUGGUCAACUGAAAAUGGUUCAGUUAUCGUUGAGUUAAAUGGUGCAAGUCACUGUAAGGCUCGGCACAAACGGGUCACAGGCCAUAGCAACCUUGGUUAAGGGUGCAUCUACACGGUGCAAAUAACUUGCGUUUAUUGAGGCAUUUGCCGAUUUACAGAUUAUAUAUGUACUACAGAGUAUAUGUACUGUAAACAUGCGGGUCCAGCGACUCGUGCAUGUACCACAGCACAAUACCCACCCGCGUGCACUUGUCAAUUGCACAUGUUAACUUGCUCCAGCUACAUGCACCGUAUAGACACAGGACACAGCCUAACGACAAACUGUUCUUCAUGAUCUUAUACCAUGUUGAAAUAAACUAUACACAGCUGUAAACAGUAAUCCGUAUAGUUUGAUGGUCUGCGGCAGCUUUGUCGAGAGGACAUCAGCGAAAGAAUCGCCCGCGUAUAGUAUUAAAAUUACCGCCAUUAUGGUUUUUUGUUGUGUGUUGCAAUCUCAAGUGUAUAUUUUUGUAUUUUACUGCCAAAUUACAUAAAUAAUUGAAAA